UGGCGGUCCUUAGUGAUGGACAUCGCCUUUCUUGUGGCAUCACCUUUUGAAGAUGUCCUGGACGUUGGGGAGGAUCUGUGCCUCUACGUGGGCUACACCUCGUCAGUGUAUUGUACGGCAUCGGUGCUGACCCUGGCCGCCAUCGCCCUGGACCGCUACCACGCCAUUAUCGACUGCUUGCAGUACAACUCGCAGAGCACGGUGCGCCGCACGGCCGCCACGGUGGUGUGGAUCUGGCUGCAGUCGGCGCUCAGCAGCUGCCCUCCGCUGCUGGGCUGGGGUCGCUUCGGCUACUCGCCAGCCAUCCGCAGCUGCUCAGUGGCAUGGGAUGACAGCCUGAGUUACGCGGGCUUCAUGGCCGUCAUCUCCUUCCUGCUGCCCGCCGCUGUCAUGAUCUUCUGCUACGCCCGCAUUGUGCGGGUGGCUCGGGGCCAUGCCAAACGUAUCCACGACAUCGAGAACCAGCUGCAGCGGCGGUCGCCAGCACCGGCCGAAGGUCAGGGCCCCUCCUCCGAAAUGCCCACCUUCUCUCACCUCAUCUCCAGCCUCAGCUCCCCCAUCGUGGCCCAGCAUGGUCGUGGGGAAGUGCAGCGUGGCUUGCAGAGACGGGCGCCAGACAUCUUCUGCAAGUACGCUGGCGUUGGUAGCCCGGGCCGCGAGCACCACGGCGCUUUCCGCCUCUUCCUGGUCAUCUUUGCCUUCUUCUGCUGCUGGGUGCCCUACGAGGUGGUGGGGCUGGUGCAGGCUGUGGAGGCAGCGGGCGGCCGGCGGGGCUCCAGUGUGCCGUCCGGCUUGGUGACAGCAGCCCACUGGCUGGCCCUGCUCAAUUCAGACAUCAACCCGCUGCUGUACGCGCUACUCAGCAAACGGUUCCGCAAGGCGCUGCGGCACUGGCAGCGGCGGCUGGAGGCCAAGGUGGGCUUGGGGCAGCGGGAGGAGGGUGGGGCGGCAACCAGCGGCAGCGGAGCCAGACUCACCGGCUUCCUGCGGCACGCCAAGCCGCCGGGUGGCCCGGCCAGAAGCAGCUCCAAUGUGAGCGGCAUCAGCCAGCUGAGUCCCCGACAGCCAGGGCUCCAGGCCCACUCCUGUUCCGUCUUCUCCAUCAGCUCGCUGCCCCGCAGCAGGGCCAACCAGCCCUUAGAAGAGCUGCUAGUGUCCGGCCCGGCGGCCUCCGCUGCCUCGCUGGUCUUCAUGCCCUGUGGCAGGACACUCGGGUGCAGUGGCGAACAGCAGGGCGAGCCCUUGCCCAAACACUACCUGACGGUCCCUUCACUUCCCCCAGAGGCUGACCACAUGGUACUGCCCUCGCAGACUUUCGGCGAGAAGCAGUCCUCCACUUACGUAUUCGGAAACAUCGUUAAAGUGGAAAAUGAUGCCGUCGACCUGUAGACGAUUCUAACCUCGCUGCGUGUGUUACUUUGGGUGCCACCGAUGGGGUAUUUUCAGCUCCAUUAAAAUGCCAAAACAAUGAGUCGCAGUUGGCUCACCUACUGCUCCUCGAGGCAGAGGCUGCACAAAAGAGGCAGGAGAGAGUCUGCAUAUGCUGAAGACCUGCAUCAACACACACAAAGUGCUGGAGGAGCUCAGCCAGUUGGACAGUAUCUAUAGAAAGAAAUGGACAGUCAACAUUUUGGGCUAAGAACUCUGCACACUGAGCCACAGGCUUGUUCCAGGUAGGGGAGCGACUGAGGAGGCCAGGAAAGAAACUAAACCACACACAUUUGUAUGUGUAGCAAAAGCCCUGUGUGCUGCCUACACGAUGUUUGAGCAUAGAUUUAGUUCUGCACGGGGUAAGACCAUUCAGUCUGAUGAGCCUAUGCUGACACUUAUAAAGCAGUCCAGUCACCUCACCCUUACUCCAUAACAGUGUAAAUUACCCUCCCUCUCCAAGGUCUUUGUUGAAUUCAAAUUUCCCUUUUGAGUGCUUUAACCUGCCUUGUGGGGGAAAAUAGCACAACAUAUAUCCCUCUGCAUAAAGCCUUCUUCUCUCCUCUUAUCACUUUGUCCCCACACAGUUCCUUAAAUCUGCUGCUAAUGGAAAAAGGCUUCUCUCUGUCUGAACCAACUCAGCACAACAAUAUUUUGACUGAAGUGCUCCAAUGAGCUGUUCCACACCUCCAAUCACACAGACCAAAAGAUCAGAGACAAAACACAUACAAUGAAGGAAAAUUAAAUUCAUCCUCUGCCCACCUGCAUCAAAUUUAGCAAAGGAAUCAAAAGUGAAGGGGAUGAAACAUAGAAAACCUACAGCACAAAACAGGCCCUUUGGCCCACAAAGUUGUGCCAAACAUGUCCCUACCUUAGAAAUUACUAGGCUUAUCCAUAGCCCUCUAUUUUUCUAAGCUCCAUGAACCUGUCUAAAAGUCUCUUUAAAAACCCUAUCGUAUCCAGCUCCACCACCGUUGCCGGCAGCCCAUCCCACGUACUCACCACUCUCUGAGUAAAAAAAACUUACCCUUGACAUCUCUGUACCUAUACCCCAGCACCUUAAACCUGUGUCCUCUUGUAGCAACCAUUUCAACCCUGGGAAAAAGCCUCUGACUAUCCACACGAUCAGUGCCUCUCAUCCUCUUAUACACCUCUAUCAGGUCACCUCUCAUCCUCCGUCGCUCCAAGGAGAAAAGACCGAGUUCACUCAACCUGUUUUCACAAGGCAUGCCCCAAUCCAGGCAACCUUCUUGUAAAGGAUGAAUUAUUAUACACAUUAACACUAUGGAUCUCUGCACAUAAGAUCAUAAGGCAGAGGAGUAGAAUUAGGCCAUUUGGCCCAUCAUGGCUGAUUUAUUUUCCCUCUGAACCCUAUUCUCUUGCCUUCUCCCUGUAACCUUUGAUGCCCUGACUAAUCAAGAACCUAUGAAACUCUGCUUCAAAUAUACCCAAUGACUUGGACUUCAAAGCUGUCUGUGGCAACAAGUUCCACAGAUUCAACACUCUCUGGCUAAAGAAAGUCCUCCUCAUCUCUGUUCUAAAGGGAUGCCCCUCUAUUCUGAGGCUGUGCCCUCUGGUCCUAGGCCCCCAUGAUAGGAAACAUCCUCUCCAUAUCUGCUGUACCAAGGCUUUUCAAUAUUUGAUAGGUUUCAAUGAAAUCCUCCCUCAUUCUUCUGAACUUCCCAGGAUGAUAUGAUACCAACCUUAUUUAUAUCUUUAAAAAAAAUCUUGGUGUUUAAAAUGAGAAAAUUCAUUUAAAAUUGAAAUAUAAAUGUGAUGCUAUGAUUUACAUGGGACAAUUGCAAGAUAUUAUAGCUGCCAGAAAUCAUACUGGAAUAAAAGUUCUGUAAACAUUCCGCAAGUGUGGCAGCAUCCACGGAGAGAGAAACCAUGAAAAUUAACGUCAGCGUGAAAUAUUAACUCUGUUUCACUGGCCAUGGACGCUGCUUGACUUGCUGUGCAUUUUCAACCUCUUCACUUUAUAAAAAUUAGUUUAGACGUACAAAGUGGUCACAUACCCUUUGAGUCCAAUAUAGCCCCUGUUGUCGAGUUACAACCAUGUGACCAAUUACCCUACUCACCGGUACAGCUUUGGACUGUGGGAGGAAACCGGAGGAAACCCACGCAGUCACGGGGAGAACGUAUAAACUCCUUACAGGCAGCAAUGGGAAUUGUACCUGGGUCACUGGUGCUGUAAUAGUGUCAUGCUAACCAAUUUUAGAUUUCCAACUCUUGGAGCAUUUUGCACUUUUUUCAUGGUGGAUUGGGGCAGGGCAUUGAAGAAGUGGAGACAAACUUCACUUCUUUGCUCAAUGGAAUAAAGCCAACUUGAUCAGCUGCUUUCUGCAGCACCCUCUUGACCCCAGCACUGCCUCUGGCAGCCAGACUUAAAUUCAGACUUCCACCAGCUUAGCAUGACAAGGCAGACAACAUCUUCUGACUGGCAUCGGUUCUAACCAAUGUCAAUCCUUCACCAUCAUCCAUGUCCCCACUAUUUCACAUCUGAAUCUGCCUUCACUCGGCAUUGUCCCCUGACUGAGAUACCUACACCAUUAUUGCCUACAUCCAUCUCAGUAAUACUGCUUACCUCAAUAUGUCACUCCACUCACUAUUGACAUCUUGUUAUUUAUUUAAAGAUACCAGCCCUUUCAGCUCUACGAGCCCACUCUACCCACUUACAUCCUGCUAACUCAUGUCUUUGGAAUGUAGGAGGAACCUGGAGGAAACCCACACAGUCACAGGGAGAACAUACAAACUUUUUAACAGGCAGUAUCAGGAAUUGAAUCUAGGUCACAUCAUGCUACUGCUCACUGCUACUCUACCGUACCAGCAUCUCUAGAUUCUGUUCCCAUCUCACUGGCUGCAGAGCACAUUAGUGCUUAACGAUGGGAGGCUGAAAGAUGCCAUAGAUAUGCAGCCUCGUUCAGAAUCCUCAACAGGCCAUGAAUCUCAGCACCUUCAUGACUCUUUUUUGGGUUUUUGUUUGGUACCUCAUCAGCACUCCUUUCAUAAUCAUUUCCCAGAACCACAGGUGCAAAACUCUUGCCUUGCUGUUUAAAUACUUCCCUGGCAAGACCUCGUCCAAUUUCCUUGAAUGUUUCCUGUGCACAAAAAUGUUGUUCUCAUGACUGAACACAUUCUGAAUUUUUCCAUAUUAAAGGUGCUGUUGUUGUAAAAUAUUUUACAAACAAUAGUUUUAUUUAAAGUUUUUUGUUGUCCUGCAUGAGCACGAUGCUCAGUCAGGUUUUAAUGACUUCUGGGAGCAAUUUGUGGAACAUGAAAGGUAGUAACUUCCAAAAAUAUAAAGUAACAAUGACUGUCCUUUUCCACCAUUAGCCUGUAGUCUGUUGGCAGUUUGGUCAGUUGAUCACAGGCUCAUGAAGUAAAAGAAAACGAGAGCAGACUAACCCUUGCAGUUUACUUGUUCCAACAGCACAAUAUGUCUGCUUAAGGAGCUCACUGUGCCUUUCCUAUUUGGAGGGACCAUAUACAGUUUAGUUGAUUCUGGUUUGAUUGAUAAUAAAAUUGUUUUAAAAAUUUCAAAUGCUUGUGCUGAGUCUUGUCUAAUGUGGCAAUAUCUAAAAUGUUCUGUUAUUAAUUUUGUGUA